UUGAGUGUAGCCCCCAGCCUUGACUGACGUUUGUACGAUACUAUUUUGCCUUCUUGAUGGAUCGUGUGUCUCGAAAUUAGUAAAUUUUACUAUAAACUAGUUGCACUUGAAAUAAGUAUUUCGAUCUUCGCAUAAUUGCUUUUGGCGAUUUUCUCGUGUCGGAUAAGUUUUUGUUAGUUUAAUGUGUGUAGGAAGGUGCGAAAAUUUUGUGUGUUCCUAAAAAUGCUUCCUGGAGUUUCCUGAUUUUUGGGGAUGUCGUUCAAACAUCCAUCCCAAUCCCUUCACUCCUGCGGAUUGAAAAAAACGCGUAAUUUCUAGCCUGUAAGCAGUUAUUCUAAUAAAUUCAUCUGAUCAAAGAAUAAAAUCCUGUGGACCAGCAAAAAACAGCUGCAACUAAUCUGAUGCGAGAGGCAAAUGAGCGGAAAGGAAAAGUGAUAAGUAAAAUUCAAGGUGAAAUAAAAAUAUAUCCAGUGCUUCAAGAAGCUGCUGUGACAAAUUUGAUACCUGUCAAGUUUAGCGUAAACAAAAAGGGCAGUAAAUAAGUGCUGAGUGGUGAAGUAAUCUUUAAGAAAGAGAAAGUGCCCACUGAAAUACGGGCAAUACACAAAAUCGAUCAUUUGCGGAGAAUCCCAGACAGCGGUUCUGUUUUAUGCUUUGAUACUGUUGGCCGGAAACAACCAGGACCCAAAGUUAGACGACCCAGGAAAUAUGGCAGACCAGGAAUCGGACAUGGAUUACUCGUCCGAUAACGACGAGUUUGAGGAUUAUUAUAAUUCAGGCCUAGAGGAUUGUGACAUCGAACAGAUUGACCCUAAACGGUCCGAUCCGGAGUAUUUCGUGUACGACUGUCUGAACGUCGAAGAGGUGGAAAAGCUGCUUAACGAAUCGGUAGAACGACUGAGCAAUCAACUUCAUAUCACACCGUCUUUGGCCAAGGUGCUCCUUCACGAAACCAAAUGGAACACAGCCGAGGUUGUGGAAAAGUAUCGAAACAACGCAUCUAACCUUCUAGUUAGCGCCCGUAUUAAAGCUGCCCCGGCGGUUAUGGCAAUAACUUCGCCCGCGACUGUUGUUCCUCUGUUAGCUGCUGGCAGUAGCGGUUCAGGCGCAGUACUUAUGCCAGUUUGUGGCAUGAUUCCAGCGAGUGCUCCCAUCCCCGGUACCAGUACGAAAGCAUCCCUCCAAACCAUUGCGCCAUGUGCAUAUCGAACUCACCUUUGUCCGGUAUGCGUCACCGUCCAAUCGAUGGAUAAAUUUCACAGUCUUUCUUGCCAGCAUUCGUUCUGUCGUGAUUGUUGGGCAAUGCACUUCGAGAUUCAAAUCAGCCAGGGAAUAUCCACGCAGAUUGGCUGCAUGGAACAACGAUGCGACGUUCGUGUGCCGGAGGAUUUGGUGUUAAAUCUGUUGAACAGGCCUAUUUUGCGAGAUAAGUACCAGCAGUUUGCCUUUGCCGAUUACGUGAAAUCCCAUCCAGAGUUACGAUUUUGUCCUGGUCCAAAUUGUCAGAUAAUCAUUCGCAGUGCGGACAUCAGUCCAAAGAAAGCUACCUGUAAGGUUUGUACGUCUGCCUUCUGUUUUCGCUGUGGGACGGACUAUCACGCGCCAACAGAUUGUCAUAUAAUCCGGAAAUGGCUUACCAAAUGUGCCGACGAUAGUGAAACGGCCAAUUAUAUUAGUGCCCAUACGAAGGACUGUCCCAAGUGUCACAUUUGCAUCGAAAAGAACGGCGGUUGCAAUCACAUGCAGUGCUUUAACUGUAAGCAUGACUUCUGUUGGAUGUGCCUUGGUGAUUGGAAGGCACAUGGAUCGGAAUAUUACGAAUGUUCUCGCUACAAAGAGAAUCCAAAUAUUGCACAUGAAUCCGUACAUGCUCAGGCUCGUGAAGCACUCAAAAAGUACCUCCAUUACUACGAACGGUGGGAAAACCACUCGAAAUCACUUCAACUAGAAGAGCAAACAUUGGAUCGAAUGAAGACCCGUAUUAACGAAAAAGUAAUGAAAGGCCUCGGGACCUGGAUUGACUGGCAAUAUCUGUUUGAUGCGGCCGCUCUGUUGGCCAAAUGCCGAUACACACUGCAGUAUACCUAUCCAUACGCUUAUUUCAUGGAGGGGUCGCGGAAAGAUCUUUUCGAAUAUCAACAGGCCCAACUUGAAGCGGAAAUCGAAAACCUCUCGUGGAAAGUGGAAAGAGCAGAAACUACCGAUCGAGGCGACCUUGAAAACCAAAUGGACGUUGCGGAGAAGCGAAGAACCACCCUGCUGAAGGAUUUCUUCCCAACCGAAGCGUGAGCCGCCGAGGCCGCUGGUUUGCUGAUCGAUACAGAUCCUUCAGAAUCGCCUAGAGGUAAAUGAACGAAAACUGAGAUAUUACAAUUAUUCCUCCAUAGCUCCCACCUUGUUGUCCCCUGUCGUAUUAGUAAGGGUUAUGUACCGCAUCCUUACGAUGCGUGAGAAAUAUUGUAGAAUAAAAAUGUGAAACUUUCCUUUUCAUUUCGAUGAUUGCGUAUCUUUUGAUUUAAACUAUUUUCGGUUGAUUUUUUUUUUUUCGAAAUUUUGUCAAUUAUGACAAAUUGUAUUUAAAUUCAGGGUUUGAUUCAAUUUAGUAAAACAACACAUUUUAAAAUGGAGAGCGUAAUAGAAAUUAGAAAUGAAAUGUUUAUCAUCGAUAUUAGUUCUCAAAUUUAAUAUUCCUAUGAUUGCACCAAAUGAUCUUGAGGCAUAAUAAUUAUUGUACAAUAUGACACAAUAACGAUAACGAAUUUUGAUUCCGAUGCUGUGUGUUAUUGUUAAGAUAAAAGAAGAAAAAGACGUUUUUAUUUAGCAAUUUCAAAAGCUCAAUUUUUGAAGUUGAACAGCUUUCAAUUUCCUAGAUAUAAUGGACGUUUGAGUUUUUAUCUUUUAAGAUCGCGAAGAAGUAGACCUUCAAAGUCAGCAUAGCUGUUGCGGACCUUGGUUCGAAACAAAGCAACAACAUAACAUAAAUCUGACAGACUUAUAAAUACUUUGAAAAUGAAAUGCAUAUUUAAUGAGAUGAUUUUCGAUACUACUCUCGAAACAGCGUGAAAGUAAAUUUGAACUAUUUAUACUACGAACUAUGAUUGUAUAUGGUAGGAAAGUAAAGAGUACUUUAAUCAGGAUUAUAGUAUAAAUGAUAACUAUUACGAAAAUUGAUUCUAGGCA